UCAGAGUAAAGGUCGGUUGGUGUCGAUCGGAAGCGCGCUCGCGUGUGACAAGUACAAGAGAUAGCCAGCGGUGCCUCGUCGUCUUAUAAUCGCGCCGAUAAUGAAAUUCAUCCCUCGCCUGACACAGAACGAUAGUGGCAGUAGCAACGGUAACAACCGUAGUACUAGUGGUCACAGUAGUAGUCUCGUCAGUGGUGUGUCGUUUCGUGACAGCGCUAGGAAAGCGAGCAGGACGUAUAACCGGCAAAAACACCGGAUACAAUAGGAAUAGAUACACACGCUUAUACUGUGCAAAACGCGAGUCACACACGACUCUUGCGAAUUUUAUGCGCGCGUGCGCGUUGCGCGCAACUUUACAUUAUUCUUGCAUAUUAACAUAGAUUCGUGUUGCGCGGCAGAUAAGAAGGAACAGUGAAAAAGUUUUACAGCAAGUGUAAAUAUAGUGAAAAAUAAUAUAUAUUUCUAUAUAAAUAUAUAACGAUAGUUUGAGAUAAUCGAACGUGUCUUGUCGGCGAGUUAUCGAAGUGAGAAGUGCAAAAAAGUGUGUUCAUACGAUUGAAUCUUUGUUGGAUACUCUGCUCUCACGGAUAUUAAAAUGGAAUUGAUGCACAUCAACAGCUUCCCUUUUCAUCCAGCAGACCUCCUCAAUUCCCGAAUCUCUGCCGAGUGGCAGAGUAAAAAAAUUACCUUUUUCGAGGAUCCUUCUUUUUCGGUGUGUCACAUUUUUAGCAAGAUUCACCAGCCUCCGCGACUUCGGUCUCCUCAGACGCCGAAACUCGUCGCGAAGGACUCUCCGGAGAAUGGGAAGGACGACUUGCGUUACAAAGGAAUACGAACCGAACCGACAACGUUCGAGGAAGAAGCGGAAGAAUCUAAAAGGGAAAAAGAUUGGACGGAAAGGAGAAAGUUUGACGAGGUGGAUGACCAAAUUGUACAACUUGAAAAUGAUAUUUAUCAAAAAAACGCAGAUAUGGAAAACAGAGUAUUUAGUUCCUUCCUCACCUGCUGGAAUGACUGCUCCUUGUCAGGCAUUACUGAGAGGACCUAUAAGAACUUUCAUGAUUGUGACGGAUGUUGUUCCGAUUAUCAUCUCCACAAGAUAUUCUCGCGAAAAGAGUCUAUGGAUCGUAUGUGGAACGUGCAGGACAGUUUGAAAGUUAAGACUGAGCGUACGUUUAUUCCACCAUUAUCCCACAAUUAUUCCACCGUUGAAGACCAUGUUGACAGUAAACCAACUCUAGUAAAAAUAGAGCGGACACAAUUCUGGUGUCCAAAAAAUUUGCCAAGAAGUAUGCCAAGGAGCCUUCUGAAAAAUCCCGUAUUCAAUAGUAGGAUUGUUUCUGCGGCACAUUCAUUGGCGAAUCCGCCGUCAAAUAAUUCCUGUACAAAAUCUCGAACUCUCAAGAAUCUUGAAAGCGACGGCGACUCACCGAGAUCAACAUCGCCACAGAGCUCCGUGGCAGACGAAGAAGAAAUUUUCUCAAACAUUCGGAUAAGUAGAGAAUGGAAAAAUGAGAAAUUGUCCGACUACAUAUCGGAGGGAGCAGCAUCAGCAGGCAGAGAUUCGUCGCUUAGUAACGACAGACGGAGAAGAAAAGAAGAAGAGGAAGAAGAGGAAGAAGAGGAAGAAGAUCAGCUAUCGACGUCAAUCCUUGAGAGCGAUAUCAGAAGACACACCCUCAGUGAUCACUGUUACCAUCAAUCUAGAAGUAUGGAGCGAACAAGACGAGACACUUUCUCCGAAACCGACGAGGAGGAGAUCGACGUGGUCUCGUACGAGAAGAAGGUGUCCUACUUCAAUUUGGCCCACAAAAAACACAAUACAAAUCAGCUGGCUAUGAAUAACUUCGCGCAGAAACAACACAGCGCGAGUCAGCUGAGCUUGAACAUCACGCAGAAGCAGCAGAGUGCAAAUCAGUUGGCUGCGAACACAGAUAAUAUCAUACGCCGACCCCGCGGCCGACCGCCAGGCCCGAACUCUGCAAAGCGAAAGAAGGCGGCACAGAUGGCCCUGAACGAGACAUCCUCUCCAAAGCGGGCCCGCAUGCAGUCGAUUCCGCGAGGGCAGAAACGAGGGCCCAAAUAUGUAAAGCAAUGGAGGAAUCAAUCCUAUAAGGAUGAGGAUGAUGACGACGUUGCGAAGCGGAAUCUCCAUAACGAUAUGGAACGACAGCGGCGCAUAAGUAUGAAGAACAGUUUCGACGAACUGAAACAACACGUGCCCGCGAUUGCCGAUAAAGACAGAGUGGCGAAGGUUACCAUUCUGAAGCAGGCAGAGGCCUUUGUUAAAGAGCAACAGAUUCAGGAGACCUACCAUAUGAAGCAGGUGGAACUACUGCAAAUACAAAAUUCGCUCCUGCAACGGAAGGUUAAAAAGCUCAUGCAGCAAAGGAAGAUGCCUCGUAUGUAUCGGCACAAUUGAAGUGUUGAGGACAAUCUGUGUCGUCGAUACCAUGGCGGAAACUGCAUCGAGUUCGCGUAAAUGAUAUCGCCACGUGAAUCGAAUGCAAUAUAAAAUACCGGCCGUAACAGAAAUGGAACGGAACGUUACGUACGUCAAAGACCUUAAAACUGUGAGGCUGUGAAAUAAAAACGAUAUUACUAUGUAUAUAGGGAGUGCUAGUGAUGACAGUGUGAAUGCGUAUUUUCUGAUCGUGAGAUAAAGUUCGAAGAGAGAUCAGAAAAUGUAUGUGUUAUAUAUUGUAUAAAUUUUUUUAUAUAUCUAUUUUUAACGUGCAUGGAUUUUUCAAUAACCUGCAGCUGUAACAACAGCUAACACAGUUGUUGUCGCAAUGACAAGACAGCAUCGCUGACGACGAAGUGCGCGUAAGAUCAACGAAACUAUCGGUACGAAUUUUAACGCGUCCGAAAAUGAUUGAAAAACUGUAUUGUUGAGAGCAGCCGUAAUGUGAAAGUCGAAAACUUCUUCGAUCCAUUCAACAAAAUUUUCUCUUGAUAUCACUUUAAUUGCCUUGAUUAAAUAUAUUAUUUGGUAUCUUGUCUUUAACAUCGCGUUUCUUUAACUUUAUUUCGCUUUAUUUCGAUCUUUGCACAAAAUAUCCGAUUUGUUGUUAACGAGUAAUUGGCGGUCGGAUUUUAAUUUCUGUGGCGUAAAUAAAGCGAAUUGAUUGAGUGAUCGAAGGAGAUCUUAUCACGAUAUUACCCAACAAUCUGACAACCGAUUCGCUGCUCUUUGGACGUAUUCGUAUCGAUUCUAAGUGCUUCGUAGAAACAUACGUAUAUUUAUAUAUGUAUGUACAAAAAAAAAUAAAAACAAUUAAAAAAACGCGUACUUCGGACGCUAGCAAUCGAUUCUUUUCUAAAACCUGCACUGAUAAUUAGGAAAAAGAAUUGCGCGUGUUCUCGUAUCAUCGACAAAAUUGAGUUAAACUCACAAGCGAUGAUUUGCUGAUCAUCGUUUUGCGAGAUCUCAAGUUUAACUCUUUCGACUCGUGCGAUUAUAAAUGUUUAAUUAUAUAUUAAUUUUGAAUUAUUAUUUUCGAAUUAUGCGAAUUUAGCAAAAUUAUUGACGUAAAAUUGGUGACGACAAUUCGUUGAAAAAGAAUACGAGGAGUAUUGUAUUCUUUUUGACGAUGAAUAAAAACUCAAAAUUUUCAGGCCACAAGACAGACUUCUCUCUUCGAGGUUUGACUCUCAGGUAUUCAACGCAUUCUAAGUUCUCUUUUUAAUUGCACUCGUGCACAGACACGAUUGAUACCUAGUUGAAGGGCACGAAUUAACUGAUAGUAUCUCCCUUUUUCCUCCUGUAUUUCCUCGCGAUUUAAUUCCCGCAGAAAAGGUCUUCUCGGCGAUGACCGUUGAUCUUAAUAAAAAAAAACACAAGUCUCCUCGCUUCGGGUCUUCUUUAACGAAAGGUUGAGUAACCGCUUUCGGUUUUGCACAACCUAAUUAAGUCGAGCAAACAACUAGGUGGAUAGAAACACGAGGCGUAAGAUGACGAGUCAGUCAAAAAGAUAUAUAGAUAGAAAUAGUUUACAGGGUAUCAAUGAGAUUCUAUGUGUGGCAUAUUCAUUAUUUGCUUUAUAUCGUUACUUUACUGUACGUACAAUUAUAAUAUAUUAAUAAUCGGGAGAAUGGUUUUUCUUACUUCGAAGACAUAUACACACUAUAUUCGGUUACAUGUAAAGCGGUUCAUUGAACAUGCCACAUAUAACUUGACCUACUUUUAUUUAUUACAAUUAGCAUAAAUCUGUUUUGUAUUUUGCAUAUCUUUUUCACUUGCAUAUUGAGUCAGUCGAAUCAACAGCGCAGAUUUUUCUUGAAGAUAGAUUUGCUUUUUCUACCUUAUUUUGCACCCAAAAUUUUAUUUUCCUCUACCGCCAUAUUUAAAAAAAAUUAGUUCGACUAUAUGUAACAUCGCGUAUUCGGUUGGGUGCAAUAAAAUGAAGAAGACCGCUGUCGCGGCAAAUCACUUUUUUAGCUUCAUCUUUCGUCGACCGGCAGAGAAGAAUAUAAUGCGGGAUUAAUCAAUUUUUCUUUUUUCUGUCUCUUGUUUUUUUUUUUUUU